AUGUUUUCCUAUGUAGGUAACAUUGGUGGUAUUUCUGUCAUAGUGGUUAUAUCAUUUCUAGUUCUUCUCCACAAAGAGAGAAGGAAGACCAGGGAGUUCUACGAAAAGAAUGGUGGACCUACACUAGAGAGAGCAAAAAAUAUUAAAAUUUUCAAAAAGGAGGAGCUCGUGCCAAUUUUAAAGGAAAGCAAUCUUAUUGGAAGAGGUGGGUUCGGUGUAGUUUACAAGGGCACUCUUGGUAAAGAACAAGUUGCAGUGAAGCAACCGAUUAGUGCUAGUCUGCUGGAAAAUGACCAAUUUGCAAAUGAAGUCAUCAUCCAAUCUCAAGUCAUCCACAAGAAUAUUGUUAGGCUCAUAGGUUGUUGCCUCGAGGUUGGUACACCGCUGCUAGUAUACGAAUUUCUCUCUGGUGGUAGCCUGGAUGACAUUCUUCACAGCAAAGACAAGAAGCCUCUAAACUUGGAUAUACGUUUAAGUAUAGCUGUAGAAUCAGCAGAUGGUUUUGCUUACAUGCAUUCAAAAACAAACACCAAAAUCCUACACGGUGAUGUUAAACCAGCAAAUAUACUUUUGGAUGAUAAGUUUGUCCCCAAGAUCUCGGACUUUGGCAUAUCAAGGUUGCUUGCGGGAGACAAAGACCACACCGGAAAAGUCAUCGGUGACUUGAGCUAUAUGGAUCCAGUAUAUCUACAGUCAGGCUUGCUAACUGAAAAGAGUGAUGUCUAUAGCUUCGGAGUGGUGUUGUUGGAACUUAUUAGUAGGAAGAAGGCCACACAUUCUGACAAUAAUAGCUUAGUAAAGAGCUUCCUCGAAGCUCACAAUGGAACAAAGCAACCGAGUUGUUUGACAAUGAAAUUGUGGUAG